GAUCGGCCCCUCACAGAAUACGCCGUCCUAGCUCAGCUCAGGAUCCAAAGGACCGGGCUAAAGGGCAGGUACGAUGAGCAUAUGAGGACCACUAUCUUAUGCCGCACGAUCGGCCCCUAACAGAAUACACCGUCAUAGCUCAGCUCAAGAUCCAAAGGACCAGGCUAGAGGACAGGUACGAUGAGAAGAUGAGGACCACUAUCUUAUGCAGCACGAUCGGCCCCCUCAGCGCCAUCGUGUCCAGUUCAUGGUCGGCUCGCCCAUUCUUUCCAGGAUGGGGACCACCAUCUUAUGCAGUAUGAUCGGCCCCUCAGCGCCAUCGUAUCCCAUUCAUGGUCGGCUCGUCCAUUCCUUCCAGGAUGGGGACCACCGUCUUAUGCAGUACGAUCAGCCCCUCAGCGCCAUCGUAUCCCGUUCAUGGUCGGCUCGUCCAUUUCUUCCAGGAUGGGGACCACCGUCUUAUGCAGUACGAUCGGCCCCUCAGCGCCAUCGUUUCCAGUUCAUGGUCGGCUCGUCCAUUCCUUCCAGGAUGGUGACCACCGUCUUAUGCAGCAUGAUCGGCCCCUCAGCGCAAUCGUAUCCAGUUCACGGUCAGCUCGUCCAUUCCUUCCAGGAUGGCGACCACCAUCUUAUGCAGCACGAUCAACCCCUCAACGCCAUCGUGUCCAGUUCACGGUCGACUCCCCAAUUCCUUCCAGGAUGGAGACCACCGUCUUAUGCAGCACGAUCGGCCCAUCAAUGCCAUCGUGUCCAGUUCACGAUCGGGCUCACCCAUUCUUUCCAGGAUGGGGACCAUCGUCUUAUGAAGUGCGAUCGGCCCCUCAACGCCAUUGUGUCCCGUUCACGGUCGGCUCAUCCAUACUUUCUUAGAUGGCGACCAUCGUCUUAUGCAGUACGAUCGGCCCCUCAGCGCCAUCGCACCUCGAUCAUGGUCAGCUCCGCCCAUUCCUUACAGGAUAGGGACCACCAUUUUAUGCAGCACGAUCGGCCCCUCAGCUCCAUCGUGUCUUGUUCAUGUUUGGGAUAACUAUUCCUCUCUAGGAUGGGACUCGUCGCUGUAUAUCAUGCCUGACACACCCUCUUUCAUACAUUUCACUCAUACAUUACACGCAUUCAUACAUUCAUGCAUCAUAUCUCAUAUAUUCAUACAUACACACAUGCAUUGUGUUCGUCUUAUCCAUAUUUUUCGAGGCAGCUUGAUUCGGGCCUCUUAAGGUCCUCGGGUAGCAAACCCAGGUUGUAGUCCUUUACUCCCGCAUGAUACAUUCAGGGGGAGAGGGUCCGGGAAAGAGCGUCCCUUGCCCGAUCCAGUCGAGAGGGGGAGCGCCUUACCGGCAGAUUAUGUUCAGAGGGGCAGACACCCACCCAUGCAGUAGGAUUACUCGAAGACUCAGGUCUAAGAAAGACAAAGGAAGAGCGCGAGCAAGAAUAUACUUUCUCGAGCAGAUUCGCACGCUCAUUACUCAAGACACUGGGGGACUUGUGUUGGGAUAUACUAUCCCGGUCAGUUACUGUUCAGGAGCCCAACACAUUGCCCCAGUACGGGGCCCAAUCGAAGAGGGCCAUUUCAGCCUACCAGGCCUAUUUUGGGCCUUUGGGCCCAUUUCGGCCCACUCGGCCCUUUAAGGUAGCUUUGCACCCUCCUCCCUUUUCUCUAUAAAUAGGAGGACUCCCCUUCUUAUUUAGGAUCCUGGUCUUCUUCCCCAAAAGAUGGCUUCUUCUCCUCCCCCUCUCUAAAACUAGUUUAUACUCCAUUAAUGGAAACUUGUACAUUGUAAUGGUGAGGAGAGCAUCAAUAAAAUGAGAGGGCUUGGACAUUAGCCUAAACAGUCCCGUGGUUUUCUCCCUUUCGGGUUUCCACGUAAAAAUCAUUGUUUGCAUUGUAUUAUCACCCCAUAGCCACGAAACCCUCCCGGAAGGGGUGUUGAACUUCCGGGCUGCGGCGAAUAAACUCAACAAUGUGAUUUUACAAUGUUUAGGUUAUAUAUGUCUAUGUAUCAAUUCAUAACCCGGGGUGGUGGGCCUUUGAAACGAUCUAAUGGAGAAAGUAAUAUGCAAGAAUAUACUAAGAAAAUUUAAUUCGAGUGUUUUCAAUAACAUAUUUGUCUUAAUUAGAAGUGUAUUCAUGUGUGAAUUUUAUUGUAUAAUCAGUUUGUAUGACUUCAAAUAUAGGAGGAUGUCGAAAGAAUGACUGCACAGCUUCUAGAGUAUGCAAUGAAAAGUCAGUGUAUUAGUCGAGAACGGGUUAUGGUAGUGAAAGUAUUCUAGGUUUUCCAAAUACCUAUGGUAAUCUAUAUGCUCUGGCUCUUUCAGCUUACAAGUUUGGUGACUCAACAACGCUUUAAAUACUUCUUUUUUAGUUCUAAAAUCUGAACUCAGUCGUAAGUUACAAGUGCGUAAUAUGAAGAAGUGUUCCUAGUGGUUGACCUUUCUAUAUAUUGUUGAACAAAGCAUUCAUUUUUGCAUAUAUUUGUAAGGUUGGUGCAGUUUUAAUUUUUACUUGAUGUGUGUUGUGUGUUUUCUCCUGGAUGGCAGUGUCUAUGUUGAAGUAAAAGGUGGACAAGGAUGAGAUUCUUACACUAACCAAAGAGCGUCUGAAAUCAUUAUGAAUCAGAUAAGAAAGGUGAAGCUUGUAGAACUCUGACUCAACCACUUUGGGAAGAACAUAUCACUUAUGAGGUCUUGUUAGCUAAUAAGCAAUAAUUAAAAAAUAUGGACGACUGGCAUUGAUCACUCAAGUCAUAUUUUUGGGCUCUCACCUACGCCAUCAUUACUCUUAAAUUAGUAGAUUCUUUAGCAUCCAACUUUUGGUUAUGGAAGAGAUCAAUGAGACAUGAGAGCGUUGAGCGUCAUUUUUCUGCGAAGCUACAUAUAUUUGAUAUAAUUUUUAGACUCUUAGCUAGUUUUUGAUGAGUCUUGUGAACUCAUAGUUAGUGAACUCAAAGUUAGUUUUUGAUGAAUGUUGUGAACUCAUACCUAGUUUUUGCUGAAUAUUUUUGGAUCAAAACAAUGUGAAUGUGAAAUUUUAUUAGUUAU